AUGUUGUUUUUCAGUAUGGGAAGUAAUGAUUCGCUUUUGGCUACCGCAAUGACACCCUUGGAAACGUCCCCGUCGAAAAUGUCUGAUUUUUAUAUCGGACUUGCACUAGCCGUUUCAUCUUCGCUUUUCAUUGGCAGUUCUUUUAUUAUCAAGAAGAAGGCUCUCAUAAAGCUUGCAAGUGGCGAUGUAGCACAACGAGCAAGCGAGGGCGGAUACGGGUAUCUACGCGAAUGGAUGUGGUGGAUGGGAGUAAUUACAAUGGGAGUGGGAGAAGCGUGUAAUUUUGCUGCGUAUGCAUUUGCCCCAGCAAGUUUGGUAACGCCUCUUGGAGCAUUGUCCGUUUUAGUAACUGCUGUUCUGUCGUCACGUCUCUUGAAAGAAAGGCUCAAUCUUCUUGGUAAAAUUGGAUGCGCAGUAUGUCUACUUGGCUCUACUGUUAUUGUCAUUCACUCUCCCAAAGAGGAGGAAGUGGCUACGAUGGCAGACCUAGCCCUGAAAAUGAAGGAUGCAGUGUUCAUAUUAUACGUUGUUAGUGUCAUAUUGGUUACGUUGUUCAUAACCAUCUAUGUAGCACCUCGUUAUGGCAGAUCCAAUAUUAUCGUCUACAUCAGCGUUUGCUCGUUAAUCGGGUCGCUUUCUGUGCUUUCAGUCAAGGGUCUUGGCUUGGCAAUCAAAGAAACUAUAUCGGGCAAUCAACAACUUACAAAUCUACUCACUUACUUCUGGCUUGUAUCGGUGACUGCUUGCGUGUCAGUACAAUUGGUGUACUUGAACAAAGCUCUCGAUAUGUUUAACACAUCCAUGGUCACGCCGAUCUACUACGUUUUCUUCACAACGUUUGUCAUACUAGCUUCUUCAAUUUUGUAUAAGGUUAGUCAGCUUGGGGAUAUUGGAAGCACGGCUCUUGACUAA